AUUAAAAAUCAUAAGCGCAACAUUUAGUUGUAUUCCGUAAAUCAUGGAUUUCCACCAGCGCUGAAUGAAAUGUGAGCUUUGAUAGCUGGGACGUCCGUCGUUUGCUGGGUGGUCGUCAUUGGUUACGACCAAUAUUAGUAAGUUCAUACCGAAACUGAAAGUGAACCCCAAGAUGAAGAGCCUCAUAUUCGUCUGCUGUACAGGCCUGAUAGCUUUCCCGUACGGCUGCAGUUCAGGUUGGUGAAGUCCGGCUGGUUCUGUCUGAGGGCUUCAUUCUGAACAUCAUCCAUCCAAACUGAUUCAUGGCAGCAAAGGAAAUCCAGAGAGCAGCAGGGGAGAGUGAUGACAGUGAUAAAAGCAUGGAUGGACAACGUCUUGACCUCUCUGCUGAGGAGAUGAAAAUGGCAGAGGUCAGACUUUCAGAAGAUCAGCACCAGUUCAGCUGUCCAGUCUGUCUGGAUCUACUGAAGGAUCCAGUGGCUAUUCCCUGUGGACACAGUUUCUGUAUGGUGUGUAUUAAUGACUGCUGGUAUCAGGAUGAUCAGAGGGGAGUCUACAGCUGCCCUCAGUGCAGAGAGACUUUCACUCCAAGACCUGUUCUACGCAGAAACUACAUGCUGGUUGAAGUGGUGGAGAAACUGAAGAAGACAGAAUUCCAAGCUGCUUCUCCUGUUCACUGUUACGCUGGACCUGGAGAUGUAGAGUGUGAUUCCUGCACUGGGAGAAAACACAAAGCCAUCAAGUCCUGUUUGGUGUGUCUGGCCUCCUUCUGUGAAACUCAUAUCAGACCUCACUAUCAGUCUUCUGCCUUUAAGAAACACACGCUGGUUAAAGCCUCCUCAAGACUACAAGAGAAGAUCUGCUCUGAACAUGAUAAACUGACUGAGAUCUUCUGUUGUACUGAUCAAAGUUUCAUUUGUUAUUUGUGUAUGAUGGAUGAACACAAAGGUCAUGAUACAGUGUCAGUUGCAGCAGAAAGAAAUAAGAAACAGACUGAGCUACAUGAGGAGCAGAGGAAACACCAGCAGAGAAUCCAGGAGAAAGAGAAUAAGGUCCAGGAGCUGAAGCAGGCUGUGGAUACUCUUAAGCGCUCUGCACAGACAGCAGUGGAGGACAGUGAGAGGAUCUUUACUGAGCUGAUCCGCUCCAUUAAGAAAAAACACUGUGAGGUGAGAGAGCUGAUCAGGGAUCAGGAGAAGACUGGACUGAGUCAAGCUGAAGGACUGCUGGAUCAACUGGAGCAGGAGAUUGCUGAUCUUAAGAAGAGAGACACUGAGCUGGAGCAGCUCUCCCACACAGAGGAUCACAUCCAUUUCCUCCAGGCAAACUGUGUCUCUUCUGGAUCUGUGGACUCAUACAUCAUCUCUGUCCAUCAACAUCCCUCAUUUGAUGGAGUGAAGAAAUCUCUCUCUGAUCUGAAGGAGCAAAUAGAGACAUUCUGCAAAGAGGAAUUCAGCAAAAUCUCUCCACAUGCUGCAGCAGUUCAGAUGUUACCACCAGAGCCAAAGACCAGAGAAGAUUUCCUGAAAUAUUUCUGUCAGCUGACUCUGGAUCCCAACACAGCACACCGUCGCCUCAUUCUGUCUGAGAGGAACAGAGUGGUGACAAACAGUAAGAGAGUCCAGCCAUACUCUGAUCAUCGAGAGAGAUUUAACUACUGGACUCAGGUGUUGUGUAAGGAGAGUGUGUGUGGACGCUGUUACUGGGAGGUUGAGUGGAGCAGUGUGGGAUGGGUGUUCAUAUCAGUCUCAUAUAAAGAUAUCAGCAGGAAAGGACGGGGUAAUGAGUGUGUGUUUGGACACAACACUCAGUCCUGGAGUCUGGUGUGUUCUUCUAAUCUCUCUUUCUGGCACAACAACAUUGAGACUGAGAUCUCAGAUCCACCGUCCUCCAGAAUAGGAGUGUAUGUGGAUCACAGUGCAGGAACUCUGUCCUUCUACAGAGUCUCUGACACAAUGACCCUCCUACACACAGUCCACACCACAUUCACUCAGCCUCUCUAUGCUGAGUUCUGGGUCUAUGGAGGAUCAACUGUGAGGUUAUGUGAUAUAAAAUAAUGUUUUGAUAUUUUACUAUUCUAAGUAAGUUGAUUUAAUUAGGAGUCAGAUCAGUUUUAGUCUGUAUCUACAGUACAUACAAUAGUCUUUCACACCACAUUUACUCAGUCCCUCUAUGCUGGUUCAGAGUGGGUCAUUGGUUUUUUGUUAGUGAUAGCUCAUGUGUGAGAUUAUGUGAUCCAUAAUAAUGUGUCUGUGCUACAUUAUGGUCAGUCAUGAGAAGAUGAGAAAUCCAUGCACACUAUAACAUUGGUCCUACAUGAUAUUGUUAAUUUAUCCAUCUUAGCCUCUCUGAUCUUGGUUAGGACUCUUGAAUCAUCAGUUUCACUGUUGGACACAAUAACAAAACACACAGAAAGAGGCCCAUGAGUUUAUUAUGGUCAAUUACUGUCACUUUUUUAAAAUUAAAAAACAUGUACUUAUAACUUGAUUCCUAGAUGAUUUUAGGAUAAAUUUUGCUUCAUGAGUCUUAAAAUAAUCAGAGGUUUCCAGAGAAACAAGAUGUUUCAGACAGGUCUUUCAUCAGCUGUGCAAGCAAAUUGUUUCUGGAGGUCAAAGAGGUGAAAUCAUCUUUUUUGUGAUGAUUAGAUCAUAAAUCAUAUUGUGGAUUAUUUCUGAAAUAAAUUCCAUAUAAUACAUGAGCCCAUGUCACAUCUACACAGGGUCCCAUUAAACUUAGAAUUAUGUAUCCGGGAUAAAUUGGAUUUCUGUAUUUUCUACUGUAAAACUGUAUCAGAUUGUUUAUGUGUUAUAUUUUAAUCAGUGAAUUCUCUUCUCCUCUCCAUCUGUGGAAAGCAGAAGUCCAAGUAACCAGAUGAAUGUCAGUGUACUGUAUGAAGGUCCCGUAGUAGAUAAACCAGCAGUAUCAGGCUCUUAAUCUGCAUUAGCAAAGAAAUCCCAGAACAACAAAACAGGGUCACUACAACAAACAGGCAGUGGAAUAAACCACUCACCAUUCACUUAGAGUGUUAGGGUCUGAAGUUGUAUGUUUGUGGGUUUGUCCAGCCUAUGUUAAUCAUUUAUCCAAGUGUCUUCAUGUUCACUAUAACUGUUACGUGUGAGUGCCACCCUUGUCUAUAUGUUUGUGUCAUUAAAUGUUUCACAACGCUGAGACAGUCUGUGCAUCCUGCUCCACGCCCUGCAGCACUCGGGCACCAUUACAGAUUCACUUUAUAAAGGGAUGUAAAAGUAUUAAACAUGUAGCAGGUAUCAUGGGCAAUCUUUUGUAAACUUAUUACUACAAAACUAUACCUAAAGAAACAAAGAAUAGGAGAAUGAACUUCUUACUAUUAUAAUUAUUGGUGCAAAAUUACAUUAUCAGUUGAGAAAUACAUUUUACUGUUUUCAUCGCACUCCAUGCAUCUUAUAAGACAUUGCAUCCUCCUUUUUGGCAAGAAAUACAACGCAAUACAUGUAGUGGAUUCGGAAAGAAUUCACACAAAUUCACUUUUAGCACAUUUAAUUAUGAUUUAGAUUUAAUUUGAAAUAGGGAAAUUUGCCAUUGAUCAGAGUUAUGAAUCCUUUCUGAAUCCACUGUACAUAUUUGAUCAGUGACACUGAAUUUGUUGUGCUUGUUCUAUUCUCAAGCAUUGAAUGUUACAGAAUCGACUCAUUUGCUACAUUGUAUAAUUGAAAAAGCACCAAACUUUCGAUGCCUCCUGCAGCUCUAGUGAGGGGAGUGUGGAGGGGAGAGGAAUAAAAUAUUAAAUUGAAUAUUAUUGAAUAAAAUAAACUUAAUAUGACAAGUGAUUUAAUAACUUUUAAGGGUAAUGAAAUUAAAUAUCGUUUCUUGUAUUUAUUGCUGAUCAUAUUGUUUAGACAUUGUACAUGUGUUCAGUCCUACCUUACACCUUGAACUAGUUCUACUGUACAUGUGUGUAUUUGUGUAUUUUGAUUUAGUUAAACUGUAUAUGUGUGUUUUUAAUUUAUAAUUAAAGUUGAUUCAUCAGUCCCCCUCAGUUCCUCUAGUCUGGCUUUUGAAAUGUUGUGCUCAGUAACAAAAUCGGCAUAAACGUAAAACAUUUUCAUUAGUAACAGCUGUAAUGUAAAGAAAUUAU